CCUCUUUGUGUGUGGAUUCACAGCAAUGAAUGUGAGUCACUCGUUCUAAUCCUCGUCUGCACAGAGAGAAAAAAAUGCCAAUCGUAUAAAUUUGUUUGGUCUGAAAAUUCAAAACCCAGAAAAAUAAGGAAAGUGAAAAGAAGCACCACAUUGGCCACUGUUUUGAAUUUCUGGAAGUGUAUAGAGCUGCUGCUGCUUAUUUGUGUUGGCCAUUGGUGAUUUUGCUUUUUUCUCUGGUGACGUUGAUUCCUUAAAAAAAGGGAACUUCCUUCGACCUUAAUCAAGAUUCAAAGCAAAUCCCAUCAACUACUCUGGUCUAUGUGCAAGAACAGAGAGCAGCUUUCCAAUUCAAAAAAAUAAAAAAAAAAGGGUUGCUUUUCAAUUAUUAUCCCCUUCCAUAAAAAGAGGCUCAAACAGAUAGGAACACAAUCUUUAGAAAAAAGUUAUCUAUCACCAUGUCUGUUGCUUUCUUAUGGGUUGCUUGUCCUACAUCGGACUUCUCGAACGGCACAGCAAAUCUUGAGCCCGUCUGGGAAGGAAAACGGGCUUUUCUCGGGAGCAAAACCUUGGCCUGCCAUGGCAGGCCAAGCAAGGCCCUGCAAAGAAAAAAUAGAAAUUAUUUUAGUACCACAAAUGUUGAUUUGAGGUGCUCUAGCUUGGGAAGCUCGAGUUUCGAUAAAGAAAGCAGAAUAUCUCCACUUUCUGUUGUGGCGAGCUCGGCUGCUGAGAUUACCUUAACAUCCGAGCAAAAGGUUUAUGAUGUUGUCUUAAGGCAGGCAGCUUUGGUUAAGCGGCAGUUGAAGUCAAAGGAGGAUUUGGAGGUGAAGCCAGAUAUUGUUCUUCCAGGAACUAUUGGCUUGUUGAGUGAAGCUUAUGAUCGUUGUGGGGAAGUAUGUGCAGAGUAUGCUAAGACGUUUUAUCUCGGGACUAUGCUGAUGACCCCCGAGAGAAGAAAAGCCAUAUGGGCAAUAUAUGUGUGGUGUAGAAGAACAGACGAGCUUGUUGAUGGACCAAAUGCAUCCCAUAUAACCCCAACAGCCCUCGACAGAUGGGAGGCUCGACUCGAAGAUAUUUUCAAAGGGCGUCCUUUUGAUAUGCUCGAUGCUGCUUUAUCCGACACUGUUACCAAGUUCCCUGUUGACAUUCAGCCAUUUAAGGAUAUGAUUGAGGGCAUGAGGAUGGACCUUCGGAAAUCGAGAUACAGUAACUUUGACGAGCUGUAUCUUUACUGUUAUUAUGUGGCCGGGACUGUGGGGCUAAUGAGUGUGCCGAUUAUGGGCAUAGCACCCGAGUCUCAAGCUACAACAGAGAGUGUGUAUAGUGCUGCUUUGGCUUUGGGUCUCGCGAACCAGUUGACCAAUAUUCUAAGGGAUGUUGGGGAAGAUGCAAGGAGAGGGAGAAUUUAUCUUCCUCAAGAUGAAUUGGCACAGGCAGGGAUAACUGAGGAAGACAUAUUUGCUGGGAAAGUGACCGAUAAAUGGAAGCAUUUCAUGAAAAAGCAAAUUCAAAGGGCAAGGAAAUUCUUUGAUGAUGCUGAGAGUGGGGUCACUGAACUGAAUUCAGCUAGCAGAUGGCCUGUAAGUAAUUUUUUUUUUUCUUUACCUUUCAUUCUUUGUUACAACACUUUACCCCUUAAACUAUGAGAAAGCCACAUUACCCCUUGCAUUUAUGCAUUAUGAGAGCUCUGUACUCUAAGAAGAAUGAAAACCCAUAUGGAAUAUAAUAUUUAUAAGAAUAAGGCAAUUUAUAGCACAACUUUUCAACACUAAGUUCCUAUCCUUUUUUAAAUAACUAUUAUUUGUAUGUUUUUGUUAUACAACUGAAUAUGGAAGAAUCUUGAACUGCACACUAUAUAUGAAUGACAUUAGAGUAUACUUGACCGCGCGUCGCAACGCGCAAAAUUAAUAUUUAUAUUUUUUCUCAACUAAUCCCAACUAACUAGUAGUAGUGGCGAGCA